GCCUAGGACAAGGACGAUGUGUGGCAGCUAAGCACAAACCAGUCCUUUGUUACAGAACGGUCGGUGCCUUGAAUGCACUCAUGCCUAAUUGUCAGGUUCACCUCUGGGGAUGAUUCCAUAUCAGGCCAUAAAGCUGAAGCCUGAGGCGCUGAUUCCAAGGCUUUCAUCAUACCUGGCAGCAAAUAGUGUAUAAUACAACUUCCGUGCCUAUUUCACCUUGCUUAAUGACUUCACCUUUCAGGGUGCAUCUCCAUCGGUUGAUAUGUUCUAUCACUAUUGUUACCAAAAUCUUCGUCUACAAUGCAGGAAUGCUAGUAGUUGACAUAGUCAAGAGGGCGUCAUCCAGCCAGGAAUUUCGCGAUAACGCUUAUGCACCCAAGAGAAGGUGUGGCUCGGCUGAGUUGGCCCUGUGGAACAAGGCGUCUGAAGUGAAAAUCUGCUGUACUCGUCUGCAGUUGGCCGAUUCGAGGCCGGAUCACAACAGCUGCACGAAAGCACAUUGCUCCUGACUUCAUCUGAUAGAGUCUUGUUCCCGAGAUUCCCUAC